AUGUCGAUACCCAUCACCAUUAUGUUAGUUGAUACAAUCAGCCAGUCGGUGACACUUGUAUCCCUUGUCGCAUUCUUCAUUUUCUACCUGCUAUACCUCACUGUAUACCGAUUGAUUUUGAGUCCAAUAGCACAUUUUCCAGGGCCGAAGCUUGCGGCACUGACAUACUGGUAUGAGUUCUGGUACGACGUCAUUGCUGAGCCCGAGUAUACCUUCAAGAUUGGUCGAUUGCACAAGAGAUAUGGGCCUAUCAUCCGCAUUAACCCAGAUGAAAUCCACAUCGCAGACCCGGAUUUCUACGAUACCAUCUACGCCGGCAGUGGACGAAAACGUGAUAAGUGGGAUUGGAUUACCCGGUCAUUUGGCGUCGACGAGAGCCUGAUUGGCACUCUCGGACAUGACGAACAUCGUGUGCGUAGAGCUGCAUUAUCGCCAUAUUUCUCUAAGCAGAGCGUGCGAGCCCUUCAGCCACUUAUUGACCGGAAUAUGGGCAUUCUACUUGGGCGUUUCCAUGAGUUUGCCCUGUCUGGGGCUACGAUGAGGCUAGACGAUGCCUUUGCAGCCUUGGCUAACGAUAUUGUCGAAUACUACGCGUUUGGAAGGAGUGAGAACCGUCUCCAGGCCCCUGACUUCGACCCAUCAUUUAGGGACGCAAUGCUACAGGGUGGCAAAUCCGGCCAUGUACUGAAACACUUCCCGUGGCUGAUGGAUAUGCUACGUAAACUGCCAGAUUCUCUUCUACUCAAGUUAAGUCCUGCAAUGGGUGCCUACUCGCAGCUGCAGGGCAACAUCAAGCGGCAGGUCGCCGAAAUCCAACACGCGCAUCAGACGCACGCAUACGAGAAGACGCAGCGUACCAUCUUUCACGAAAUACUCAACAGCAAGCUUUCAGACUACGAUAAGUCGAACGAUCGCCUCUGGCAGGAGGGCGAAGUUGUCGUGGCCGCGGGGACUAUUACAACAGCCUGGGCGCUAGGUGUAUCGACGUACUUCGCUCUCGCCACGCCCGCCAUCCUAUCGCAGCUCAAAGCCGAGCUGGAAACCGCAAUUCCGGACCCUUCACAGCCACUCAGCCUGGCUGCGCUUGAACGGCUGCCCUUCCUGACAGGUGUGGUCCAGGAAGGCGUGCGCCUCAGUCACGCCAUCUCUCACCGACUGCACCGCAUCUGCCCAGACGAGACACUCGUAUACCGCUCCGGUGGGGUUGAGUGGCGUAUCCCACCCGGUACCCCCCUCAGCAUGACCAGUAACCUUGUCCACCAUGACGAGCGUGUCUUUUCAGAUUCGCAUGUCUUCAAGCCCGAGCGCUGGGUCGACAACCCACGCCUCGAUCACUACUUGGUCUCCUUUGGUAAGGGUGGCAGGGCGUGCCUCGGUAUCAACUUGGCGUAUGCAGAGCUUUACCUCACCCUGGCGUCGCUAUUCAGGGUUUACGGCACAGUGGAAGUUCGGGGUAAGGAUGAUGUCGGUAUGCUUGAGCUGUUUGAGACAUCUGCUACGGAUUUAGUGAUUACAAGCGAUACUGCCGUCCCUGUGAUGCCUGAAGACUCUAAGGGCUUGCGCGUAAAAGUGCAUCGGCUAGUUGAAUAA